CCGGUGCGUCCGGGCGGCGGCGGGGAGCCGUGCGGGGCCCGUGCGGGCGGCGGCGGCGAUGGGCGUGUGCUGGGGGCCCGUGGUGCGGGUGCUGGUGCUGCAGGCGGCCUGGGCGCUGGGCGGCGGGCAGGUGCGCUACUCGGUGCCGGAGGAAGCCAAGGCCGGGACGGUGGUGGGCCGGCUGGCGCAGGACCUGGGCCUGGAGGCGGGCGAGCCGGAGGCGCGUCGGCUGCGGCUGGUGGCGCAGGGCCGGCGGGCGAGCGUGGAGGUGAGCGGGGCGAGCGGGGCGCUGGUGGUGAGCUCGCGGCUGGACCGGGAGGAGCUGUGCGGGAAGAGCGCGCCGUGCGCCCUGCGCCUGGAGGUGCUGGUGGAGCGGCCGCUGCGCGUCUUCCACGUGGAGCUGGAGGUGACCGACAUCAACGACAACGCCCCGCUCUUCCCCGCCGCCCGGAAAAACCUCAGCCUCGCGGAAUUCACCACCCUGCCCGGUUCUCGGUUCCCGCUGGAGGGCGCGUCGGAUGCAGACGUCGGAGCCAACGCGCAGCUCUCCUAUACCCUCAGCCCCAGCGAGCACUUCUCUCUGGACUGGCAAAAAACAGAGGAGGACUCUGAAUCGUUAUUUCUGGUGCUGAGGAGACCGCUGGACCGCGAGACGAUGCCUGAGCACCGUUUGGUGUUGACGGCGAGUGACGGGGGCCGUCCGUCGCUGACGGGCACGAUGGAGCUGGUGAUCUCGGUGCUGGACGUGAACGACAACGCGCCCCAGUUCAACCAGUCGGUGUAUAAAGUGCAGCUGCUAGAGAGCGCUGCAGAGGGGACGCUGGUGGCGCGGGUGAACGCCACGGAUCCGGACUUGGGAAUGUAUGGCGAGGUGAUUUAUGAAAUUGAUACUGUUUUGCCUCCCUCGGCCUCAGAUAUGUUCAGCAUCGACACGAACAGCGGGGAGAUCAGACUGACGGGCGCCGUGGACUUUGAGACAGUUACUUUCUACAAGCUACACAUUAAGGCGAAAGACAAAGGCUCGCCCCCGCUGUCGGGUCACUGCAAGGUGUUGGUGGAGGUGCUGGACGUGAACGACAACGCGCCGGAGGUGUGGGUGACGUCGCUGUCGGUGCCGGUGCCGGAGGACGCGGCGGUGGGGACGGUGGUGGCGCUGCUGAGCGUGUCGGACCGGGACUCGGGGGCGAACGGUCGGGUGCGCUGCGCGGUGUGGCCGGCGGCGCCGUUCGGGCUGGUGGCGACGUUCGCGGGCUCGUACUCGCUGGUGCUGCGGGAGGCGCUGGACCGGGAGCGGGUGUCGGAGUACGAGGUGGAGGUGCGGGCGGAGGACGGCGGGGCGCCGGCGCUGCGCGCCAGCCGCGGGGUGCGGGUGCCGGUGUCGGACGUGAACGACAACGCGCCGGCGUUCGCGCAGGCCGUGUACACGGUGCUGGCGCGGGAGAACAACGCGGCGGGCGCGGAGCUGGCGCGGCUGUGGGCGCGGGACCCGGACGAGGCGGGCAACGGGCGCGUGAGCUACUCGGUGGCGGAGGGCGUGGGCGGGGGCGCGGUGGCGGGGGGGGGGUGGCGGGCGGCGUCGAGCUACGUGUCGGUGGACGCGGAGAGCGGGCGGCUGUGGGCGCUGCAGCCGUUGGACUACGAGGAGGUGCAGGUGCUGCAGUUCGAGGUGCGGGCGGUGGACGCGGGGGAGCCGCCGCUGUGCGGCAACGCCACGGUGCAGCUGUUCGUGGUGGACGAGAACGACAACGCGCCGGCGCUGCUCCCGGCUGCCGGGGGCGGGCCGGGCGGCGGGGCCGCGGGCUCGGCGGCGUCGGGGCCGGGCUCGGGCUCGGGGGCGCUGUGGGCGUGGGCGGCGUGGGGGGCGCCGGCAGGGCAGGUGGUGGCGAAGAUCCGCGCGGUGGACGCGGACUCGGGCUACAACGCGUGGCUGCGCUACGAGCUGUGGGAGCCGCGGGGGAAGGGCCCGUUCCGCGUGGGGCUGUACAGCGGCGAGGUGAGCACGGCGCGGGCGCUGGAGGAGGCGGACGGCCCGCGGCAGCGGCUGGUGAUCGUGGUGCGGGACCACGGGGAGCCGGCGCGCUCGGCCACGGCCACGCUGAGCGUGUCGCUGGUGGAGGGCGCCGAGGCGGCGCUGGCGGCCGCGGGCUCGUCGUCGUCGGGGGCGGGGCUGCGGCCGGCGGCGGGCGCGGAGGGCGGCGCGGCGGCGGCGGCGGCGGCGGCGGCGACGAACGUGUGGCUGGUGGUGGCCAUCUGCGCGGUGUCGAGCCUGUUCCUGCUGGCGGUGGUGCUGUACGGGGCGUCGCGGUGGGCGCCGCGGGCGGCCGUGCUGUCGGGGCCCGGUCCGGCGACGCUGGUGUGCGCCAGCGAAGUGGGGAGCUGGUCGUACUCGCAGCGCCAGAGCCGGAGCCUGUGCGUGGCGGAGGGCACGGGCAAGAGCGACCUGAUGGUUUUCAGCCCCAACUUCCCGCCGCCGCCCGGCCCCGCGGCGAAGGAGACGCAGCCGGAGGCGCCCGCUCUCGUGGACACGGUCAGUGCCCCCCCCCUUUGUCGCCUCUCGCCCCUUCCCCCUUCUUGUGGCCCUGGUCGCCCGGCCCCUGGGCAGGCGCUGGUGGGAGUCGAGCUCAGGCGGUGGGGGCUUGGCGGGUGCUUCGGGCUUGGCGGGUGCUUCUUAAGGGUGUUCACGGGACCUUUGCGUCCUUGCCGGAGCCCCCGGGCUCUCGGUGUGGGGGAGGAAGCAAGCAAGGUGUUGCCGCACCCCGCAGCGGUGGCCGUCCGAAGCUGAGCUUUGCCGUCGUGGCUGUGGGCUGUUGUCCCGUGGAAUGAAAUCCCUGCCGACUGCAAUGAGAGGUGCCACGACAUCAGCUUUGCGGACGCUCGGGCUUGCUGGUGUGCAGCAUUUCCACCCGAGCUUGCUGAAGGUGUGCCAGACACGCAGGCUGUGGUGGUGGCAGUCCCGCAGGCACUAUUUACUGCUUCUUAGAGUUGCUUUUUGCUGACCGUGCUGGUAUGCGCUGUGGUUUCUUGUCAUAAACUCUGUCCUCGUCCUUAUUUGAUUCCCUUCUGCGAGAGUUGUGAUGGAAGGUGACAGUUGGGUGUUCAGGGUCUUCUCUCCCCGUGGUGUAAUUUCUGCAUUUUUGUUCACCCACUGGAGGAAUUAUGAAAGUAGGGAAGGCAAUACGG